AUGGAUAACGAAAUCACCGACCAAGACUUAAUAUUCGAAGAGAACGUGCUCCAAAACCCGUACGUUGAAGACGUUUGGGAUAAGUACAUUCAGUUCUUAGUAUCAACAACAAAUUCAUCAUCAACAAAGCUUCUGACAAUUCACGAGCGAGCCGUCAAAGCGAAUCCAAAAUCGAGAAACUUGUGGUUGAGAUAUUUACGAUGGAGAAUGAACGCUUUGAAAACAGCUUCCACUUUAACCUCUCCUUUAGAUGAAGAAUUAGAACAGCAAUACAAUAAAUUGAACUUGGUGUUUGAGAGAUGCAUAGCAAACAUGGAAAGUCCCGGAGACUUUGAAAUUUGGGAGCUGUACAUAAAAUCGCUGUGGCAAGAUCAGUGUUCGGUGACGAAAACGAGACGCGCGUGCGAUCGAGCGUUGCAAUCGUUAGAUAUCACGGAACAUUCAAAAUUUUGGUCCUCUCUUUAUUUACCGUUUAUUAGAAGUUCAGACAAGAUCCCAAUCGAAACGGCGUGUAGAGUCUAUCGGCGGUAUGUACAGUUCGAACCUCAACACGUGGAGGAGUACAUUUCGUUUCUCAAGAAUCGGGGACGCGUCGCGGAAAGUAGUCAAAGACUGGUUGAAAUCUUAAACGACGAGACCUUUGUCUCAUUGUUGAAUAAAUCCAAACAUCAAAUGUGGCUCGAACUUUGCGAUUUGAUCACCAAGAAUGUUAAUAAUACUUCUGUCAACAACACCGAAGAUGGAAAAAAAAUUAACGUCUCGGCCAUUCUCAGAACGGCGAUUAAAAAGUUUACGGACGAAGUCGGUAAGCUCUGGGCAUCGUUAGCGGAUUAUUACAUCAGGAGAGGUUUGUUCGAAAAGGCGAGAGACAUUUACGAAGAAGGAUUAGAGUCCGUAAUGACGGUGAGAGAUUUUUCGCUCAUUUUCGACGCCUACGCCGCCUUUGAAGAAAACGUGUUGAGUUCAAAAAUGAUGCAAGAAGAAGAAGAAGAAGAAGAAGAAAACGAUGAGAUUGAGCUGCGAUUAGCACGUUUAGAACACUUGAUGGAACGUCGACCGAUUCUUUUGUCGAGCGUGAUGUUGCGACAAAACCCGCACAACGUGCACGAAUGGUUAAAACGCAUUUCGCUCUUGUCUUCUUCCUCGUCGAAAGAAAUCGUGUCCACGUAUUCUUUAGCCAUUCAAACCGUUGACGCGAAAGCAUCGAUCGGAUCGAUUUCGCAAGUGUGGAUAGACUUUGCAAAAUUUUACGAAGUGCACGGCGACUUGGACAACGCGAGAGUUAUUUUCGAAAAGGCGACGAAAUCGCCAAACUUCAAGAGCGUAGACGAACUCGCGACGAUUUGGUGCGAAUACGCCGAGUUUGAAUUACGCAAUAAAAAUUUCAAGCAAGCGUUGACGCUCAUGAAAAGAGUGCUUUUCGUGAAUCACAACAAAGAAAAAAGAAUAAAUAACGCGUCAAAUACCACAAAAGGAGAGUACGACGCUCUUCUCGUGCAAGAAAAAGUGCACAAAUCGAUCAAGCUGUGGAUGUUUUAUUGCGACUUGGAAGAAUCGAUUUCGCCGGAAAACGCGAGAAUUGUGUACGAAAGGAUACUCGAUCUUCGCAUAGCUACUCCGCAAAUCAUUCUAAACUACGCGGCUAUGCUUCAAGAAUCGAAAUUCUUUGAGGAUUCGUUUCACGUGUAUGAGCGCGGGGUGAACCUGUUCAAAUUUCCGCAUUCUAUUGAUAUUUGGCGCGCGUAUUUGACGCAGUUUGUUGAUCGAUUUCAAGAUAAAAAAGUCGAGCGCGCGAGAGAUUUAUUCGAGCAGUGCUGCGAGCAAGCGCCGCCAAAGGAUUGCAAAGAGUUCUUUUUAGAAUACGCAAAGUUGGAGGAGCAGUUCGGUCUCUCCAAACGCGCGAUGGACAUUUAUGACCAAGCUUUGACAAAGAUGAAAUCUGCGAGUGAUAAGAUUGAGGUGUUGGAUAUUUACGUCAAGCGCGCGAUGGACUUCUUCGGCGUCGGUAAAGUUCGAUCAAUCUACGAGAAAAUCAUCGAAGACGACGAUGACGACGACGACGACAACGGUACGACAAAGAAAAAGAAGAAGAAGAAUCGUUUGGAUGAUAACUCGACCAAAAUCAUCUGCGUUAAGUACGCUGAACUGGAGGUUUCUCUCGGUGAAAUCGACCGAGCGAGAGCUUUAUACACUCACGCGAGUCAGUUCUCAAAUCCUGCGCAAGAUGGUACCUUUUGGGGUCAAUGGAACGACUUCGAAGUCAAGAAUGGCAACGAAGAUACGUUUCGCGAUAUGUUGCGUGUGAAGAGAUCCGUCGCGGCUUCGUUUUCGCAAAUGCACUUCAACAUGUCUGUCGUGGAAGUACCAGCCGAUGCUUUGGAACCACAAGCCGGAGGAGGAGGAGGAAAAGAAGGCGAAGAAGAAGAAGACUUGAUGAAACUGCUCGAGAGAGAAGAGUUGGAGAAUAGAAACGCGGCUCCGAUUGCUGGAUUCGUGAAAUCGCAUGUGGUUGGCGGUGAUCGGGACGACGUUCCAAAGAAUCCAGAAGAGAUUGAUUUAGGUUUUGAUGAUGAAGAAGAGGAAGGUGAUGAUGAUGAACCAAAAACGUCCGUUCCGUCUGGAGUGUACGGCAGUCUUCUUUCUUCUGGUGGAAAGAAGAGAGAGCGAGAGGACGAAGAAGAAGAAGAAUAA